UGUGAGGGAGAUAAGAAGGCAGCGAGGAGAGUGGACGACUUUGUUACUCCGCCCGAAAAUGUGGUGGGAGGGUGCUGAAAUGAAAUGUAUGAGGGGAGCAGCGAGUUGGGACGCGUCUUUGGAGAGACAGGGUAGAGGAGAGGACUCUUAGGGCCGUUUAACUUCAUGUUUUUAUCCUCCCUCUCGAAAAAAAAGAAAAAUCAACAGACUUGUCGGCCGGGUUUCCUGUCUCUGUGAGUCGGCGGAGGAGUCUCAGCGGGUUAGGUGUCUGACUCCCGGUCUCUUGGUCAUCGGACAGCCUGCCAUCCAUCCAAUGUGCGUAAAAGGGCUCUAUUUCCUCACAGUCCUGUCUGGACUCGCAGCUUCAGGCGUGCUGCAGGUCAGCGGGAUCCGUAUAUAUACAUCUGGGGAUAUGGAGGCAGUAAACGGGACGGAUGUUCGUCUUAAGUGCACAUUCCAAACUUCCUCUCCCAUCAACCCCGACGCCGUCACCAUCUCCUGGACCUUUAGACCCCUCAAACCAGGCCGUGAAGAGUCGGUGUUCCACUACCAGCAGAAGCCAUAUCCCCCUCCAGAGGGCAUUUUCAGGAAGCGUGUCAGUUGGGCCGGUGACGUCAUGGGCCGUGACGCCUCCAUCAUACUUCAACAGGUCAAGUUUACCUACAACGGCACUUAUGUUUGCCAGGUCAAGAAUCCACCGGAUGUUCACGGCACGGUUGGAGAGAUUCGACUCCGUGUGGUUACCACAGCCUCUUUCUCCGAGCUUCUCCUACUGGCGUUGGCCAUUGGGGGCGGGAUCACUGCUGUAGUCUUCCUCCUCAUCAUCAUAGUGUCCUGCAGGCGGUGCAAGAAGGGGAGACAGAGAGAGCAGGGAGGCAAUGUGGAGGCUCCUCGCAAAGAGAGAAAAGACCCCACUGCGUGCCACCCAUCGAGGGCCGUCCACCUCUACCUAUCAGAGACGUCCAUAGAGAUUGACAGUUCAGACGGCAUGAUCUCAGAGGCCAGCACCAAAGACCCGAGCUCCUCAGAGGAGGAGGGCCCGAGCUCGGACGAGGAUGAUGGUGACGACUCUGACUGAGGAGGUGGGGACAGACACUGAUGUGAAGCUGGCCAGGAAGUUCGCUGGAGGGAUGCCCAGAUGGCACCCAUGGAUUACGGUCCAUGGUUCUGCUGAGUGGAAUUGAAAUGAAGAGAGCGAAAGAAGAAAAGGAAAAGUUCGUAAAAAUUAGAGCGAUGCUUUUGAUGAAGGUCAAGACUUUGAAACAGGAUCAAAAGUGCAGUAAUGUUACUUUCGAGAGGGCCAGGAAAUUCUCAGGAGGCAAGAAAUAGUGCAUUUAACCUGCAGGGAUUCCGAAGUGAGAGCCUUUGUAAUCCUGAAGUCGAGAAAAAAAUGAAUCCUAAUGUCCAGAAGGGAAAACGGGUCAAUUCUUGUUCAAUAACUAUCUGCUGUUUUAGACGUGGAUCUUGUUGAGUGUGGGAAGUCGAUACUAAAAUCAGCUGCAACAUGCAACUGAAAGCAGUCAGAAUGAGGAAUGUUUUAUUUUUUUUUUGCCACAAAGAGCCGUUUUAAGACCUUGGGGUGAGGGUGCCUGACUUUUGCGAACCAUUCUCUGGUUGACUUAAUGGACAAAAUCAUGUAGAAUUUGUUGGGUAAUCUUUCAUAUUUUAGUUUUAGAGUCAUAGGGGGUAACGUAGGUCUCGCAUUUCAGUCAGUCAAGCACACCAUCAUAUUACCUGCAGGGUGAGAGCCCUUGUUAAAAGCAGUUCUAUCCUCCAACUGUAGGCUGAGGGGCUUGUGUCACAUCAGAUUACUGGGAUUAAAAUGCAUAAAUGUGAUGUUGCUGUCAUUAGGUCUGAAGGCCAAAUACUUGAUCACAUAGCGAGCAGCUGCAUGCCCGCGCCUGUCCUACGUGUUGUGUGGGAGUGCACAGUCAGAUCUGAAAACCCAUUGACUGCGAAAAAGUCCUUGAGAGCCUGGUUCCUUUGUGUGCAUCUGUGAAUGCAUCACGUCUACUAACAAAUGAUUGUAAGACCUGUCUUUCUUCCUUUUAAUGACCGAAUUUUGUACUUGUGAUGUAACACAGCAAUAUUGAUUAUAGAUUUUUAUUUUUUUCUAUAUUUUUUAGAUAAUGCCAGAAGUAUUUUGCAGUGUUGUUUAAAAUGUCACAGUAUGUGUUUGUUAUAGAGCUUUUUUAAGAAAGAUUUUCUAAUAAAAACGCCUUUAAACUGUUA